AUGACAGGGCCACACGCUUUUCACAGGGAUGAGGGGGAAAAAAAAGUCGAAACUAUAAUUUCGCGUUAUGUAACAGUCGGAAGGACUUGCCGGACGGGAUUCGUGCUGGCGUGGUUUAAAAAUAACCCAAGGUUAGCCGGCGGUACAUCGGCGAGGGUCCCUUUGAGAGAUCAAGGUCUACCAGUUCUGUGGGAUGCCUCCAAUAACCACAAUGUUCUGUUAAUGUGGAGCUCGAAUCUCGAGUAG